GAAAACUAUGCCGCGCCCCAACGCAACCCUCCUCGCCGCCGCCGCUGCCGCUGCCAUCACAGCAGGAGCCUGGGUCUCUGCCAAUGCUGUAAAGAAAGGUAAGUUGCUAAACCUGCUCGACCUCGUGUGUUGCUUCUCUGCCGCUGGUCUACCGUUGGGUUCUCUUUCGUUCCUCGUCGCGAAACCGUUUUUGUUGUUCUGCAAUCUGCAGGGUUGAUGUCUGCCCUCUGCUUUGCUCGUGUGCGUUUUUCUUUCAUUUGGUUGCAACCUGAAACUUCUGAAUGAUCUUGUUGCAAUCUUGAACAUGUCUUGCCCACCUGUUGAAAUGCUUUCGCUCGAACUGCUCUUAACUUCUGUCUUGGUGUGACAGACAUGGACGAGGCUUCUUCCCAGGCUGAGUCAACAGUGUACAUGUGGUGAGAGAAAUCGUCUUCACUCCGUGCUCGUACAUGAAACCUGAUCUAGGGUUUGAAUGACCUCAUAGCCUGUCCUGUAAUGUGUUCCGUCUUGUAAAUAGAACCGAAUUCUUGUUUUGU